UUCGAGGAUCAGAAUUAAUUGCAAUUGAAACAAGAUCGAUGAACGAUCUGUAUAAAAUAAUUACGAGAAACAUAUGUGUAAAUCAUAGUCACAUUGUCGAGUUCAAAAGAAGUAUAUAUAUCUAUAUAUACACAGUGGAAAUUGAAAGAGGUGCAAAAUGUCACCGACGAAUGGGACAUUCAAAUUUUCCCAAAUUCAUUUCUACGCGCGAGAUCUCCCUCAAUUUGCCAGUGUAAUUUUAUUAACGAAGAAGAUCACUUUGUAAAGCAAAAGUGGCGGAACUCGACGAGAGGAUCUGCAUCGACGGGUAAAUGUUUUGGCAACGUUAUAACAAUCUUCAUGGCAGUUCGAUAAACAGAACUCGGAGGAACAACAUGCACGGGAUUUCGAAAAAGUGUCUGGCGCUGUUGCAAAUCGUUCUUUGCCAACUGGCGAUCAGUGAAACGCGUAUGGACAGUGAAACGCGGAUUAUAUCCAUUCCUUUGGAAAACGAGACAGUGAUACCUGAGAAGUACAAGAAUUUACCUCUGGUUGGCAAAUGUUGCCCGCUGGGCGAGAUUUUCGUAAGAAAUGGCACCAAGGCGAUUUGCGCCCCGGAUCCUUCUUUCACGGCUGGAAAUUUCUCGCCCAUAUUCUACGAGUUUAACGCAUCUGGCUACGAAGUUCCCGGCCAGCCUCGAAGUCUAUUUGUCGUGAUUGUCGGUGAUCCUUGUAAAUACAAGAGGUACAUUUUAGAUCCGUACGAUGAUCAAAGAGAUAACAAUUAUUUAUUAACAAACGGUUCUAUAUUCGUGCCCGAUCACGAUCCAAAGGUAUUGCAACCUGGUGUCCAUUACUGUGUGGAGAUCGUGCCAGACUUGGGACUCGCAACUUUCGUAUGUUUCCCUGAAGAUCGGGUGAUAAUCAGCGCGGAUUCCCGAAUCACGAUCUACGCCUGCGGCCUUUUAAUAUCGGUGCCGUUUCUAAUUCUCACCAUCGUGGCGUACUCCGUCACGCCGAAGUUGCGCGACAUUCUUGGACGAGCGUUGUGCCGUUAUUGCGGAUGCUUGGCCGUUGCUUUCACGUUGUUAGCAAUCACGCAAUUGUGGAGUAUAGAUCUGUCGGAUCAAGCUUGUACCAAUAUAGCGUUCGUCGUCCAGUUCUCCUUUGUCGCGUGCUUCUUCUGGCUGAACGCCAUGUGCAUCGAGAUGUGGUCAUUGGUGCGCGUCUACGUGGACCGGGAGACGUACAAACGGAUGAAGCCGAAGACGUUGUUCUUUUGGUACUCUUUAUGGUGCUGGGGUCCCUCGGUGAUACUUAUCCUAGUCUCGAUGAUCAUGGACCUCGGCCCGAUAAUACCCGCCACUUACGUAAAGCCAAACUCCGGCAAGGCAGGCUGCUCCUUCAAAUGUAAGUUGAAGACGGAGGACAAAGCGGUGCCAUACUUUUACAUACCGGUCGGGCUGCUGCUCCUUGGCAACGUGUUGCUUUUCGUUUUCAUUUUCGUCAAGUUGACGAAAUACCAAAGGGAUCUUGACUUGAGGCGUCUGGCGAGAAAUCAGCAGUCCGAUCGGCUCGACCGGAAGUACCUGCGCCGUCUUAUGCGCACCGCGAUCGUUUGCAUGAUCGUGUUCUCGUUGAUGGGCUUCAACUGGAUGAUGGAACUGAUAUCCUGGUUCGUCGACGGGGACUCGUUCGACUGGUCCUCCUUCGACCUUAUAAACGCUCUUCAAGGUGUCCUUAUCUUUGCCCUGUUCGUACUGCGAAGGCCACCGAGAGACUUCGUCUGGCACAAGAUACAACAGCUUCGUGGCAUCAACAGCGUGGCAGCAGACGUGGAAGUUGAAAGCGUGGAACUCUAUCUACUUCCAACGAUGAACGGCGAUACUCUGCCCAGAUAA